CGUGGAUGGAGGUGGGACAUGAGAGCAGCUGUCAGUUAAAAGGUUUUAGUUUCCUGGUACGCUGCUGCACUAUACCCUCUUGUCGGGCUUCACGCUGAGUGAAUUGUCUUCAGGACAGCUUUCUGGACCUCCAUUUUGGAAAUCCUUACUCUUCCUACAAUGGCAGCGAUUGGAAACCGUGGCACAGUGACUGAGGCAGCUGGUUUUGACCCAGAGGCAGAUGUCCAGACGCUUAGAAAUGCCACAAAGGGAGCUGGCACUGAUGAGGCAACUAUCAUCAAGAUCCUUGCACAUCGUACGAUCGCCCAGAGGCAGCGCAUCAAAGAGGCCUACAAACAGAUAGUGGGGAAGGACCUGGCUGAUGAUCUGUCCUCAGAGCUGAGUGGCCACUUCAGGAGUGUUGUUCUAGGUCUGCUGAUGCUGGCACCUGUGUAUGAUGCCUAUGAGCUGUAUACUGCAAUGAAGGGGGCUGGAACGGAGGAGGCUUGUCUCAUUGAUAUUCUCGCUUCAAGGUCGAACGAUGAAAUAAAAGCCAUCAAUGCCGUCUACAAGCAAAAAUAUGACAAAAGUUUGGAAGAUGCUGUGUGUGGAGACACAUCUGGAAUGUUUCAGAGGGUUUUGGUCUCUUUACUCACGGCUGGACGGGAUGAAAGCAACAAAGUGGACGAGGCGCAGGCCGUUCAGGAUGCCAAGGAAAUCUAUGAGGCUGGUGAGGCUCGAUGGGGCACUGACGAGGUUAAAUUCCUCACAGUGCUUUGUGUGAGGAACCAAAACCAUCUACUGCGAGUGUUCGAGGAGUAUCAGAAGAUUUCUGGAAGAGACAUCGAGGAAAGCAUUAAGAGGGAGAUGUCUGGCUCUCUGGAGGACGUCUUCCUGGCCAUAGUGAAAUGCAUAAGGAACAAGCAAGCGUUCUUUGCGGAGAGAUUGUACAAAUCAAUGAAGGGGCUGGGUACUACAGAUACUGUCCUCAUCAGAAUAAUGGUUGCCAGGGCAGAGAUUGACAUGCUGGACAUUAAGGCGCAGUUCCUGAAGAUGUAUGGCAAGACUCUCCACUCCUUCAUCAAGGGAGACACUUCUGGUGACUACCGCAAAAUCCUGCUGGAGCUGUGUGGGGGCGAGUAAAAAAAAAAAAUUCAGAACAACAUCCAGCUCUCUUUAUUCUGCAGACAACAUUAUGUGCCUAUUCUCUGCCAUUGCUGACUUACUAUAUCUUACCUUUUCUUUGUCCAUGGCCUAUGACAUUUCACUGAUUGGCCGCAGUGCCUUGUUUACUGUUUAUACUGUAAUACCAAUUAAACCAAAGACCAGUGACCUUUUA